GCUAGUGAAAAAUGUAAAUAGCGGUGAUUUCGAAAAAAAUCGUAAUCAAAAUUAGGUCUCUUUAAUAAGAAUAAAACAAUUGUCUUUAAUAAAACGAUUGUUUCUAUUGGAAAAAAUUAUAUGUGAAGAUGUCAUCCACUCCAAAACAACGCCGGUUUCGUAGUUCUCUUAAGAAGUAUACAGGCAACUUACUAAAGCUUAUUCUGAGGUUCUCAACUCCAUCACCCUCAUCAGCAUUUAAAAGUCCUUUACUCAAUAAAGUAGAAAAAAAAGUUGAUUUAGAAAAUGAAAAUAUUUCUUUAGAGGAAUUGAAAAAAUCAACUCUGGAAAUGUGGCAAAAAAGUGAAGAUAUGAAACAAGAAAUUGCAAAGCUAGAAAAUGAGGGCUGUUCAGAGGAUCAAUAUAAAUGGUAUAUUGAUAAAUUACAUGAAUAUAACGAAGUUAAAGAUGCUGCUCAAAUAGUCAUGGGACAAAUUGCAAUUAUUGAAGAAACAACAGUGAAAAAGAUCCAUGAACAAUUCGGCAUGACAGAAAAUGAUUAAUGUGAAUUACUUAUUAGUGUAUAAUCAGAAUAUAUAUAAUGUUUUCAGCUGUUAGUUUUAUUAAAAUAUUUGUUUUAACUGUUAAAUAUAUAAGAAAAAACACAUGUAUAUUUUUAAACUAUUUUAUAUAGAACUGCUAUGAAAAAAAUUAUAUGCAUUUGGACGUGAGACAAAUAGAGAUAUUUUGAAGUUCAUUGAAAUAAAUUUCUAGUAUUUUUAAAAAAAUUACAAUUAAUGAAAAAUAUUAAUUAUGAACUUUUUUAGCACAUCUUUGUAUUCAGAGUUUUUCUUUUACAAUCUAGAAUUUCGCUUUCGGCUCUCAUGUUCCUUUGUUACUGGGUUGUUAUGUUUAAACACUUUGCUUUAAACAGGUUUAAAACAUUAAAUGAAAAAUUUAUGAAAAUUAAAUUAAAAAUAAUUAAUAAAAUUAAAUAAAUUAGUGAAAAAUCUUUGAGUCAGAAAAACAAUCUUAUUUCUUAUACAUUAACAGCAUCUAAAAAAUAGUUUUCUUCUUUUAGUAACAAAUGACUCUAAAAAAUUUACAAAUUCUUCAACUUCUUUUACUUUUCUAAUAUAAAGUAUAAAAAAUAAUUUUUUUUCUAUAUUUAUCUAAUUUUUAUGAAUGUUCUCAAUAUGUUUGUUUCAUUGUAAAAUAAGGAUUCAUUUAGGUGUUGCUAAGACUGAAAAGCUUAGACUGUAACCAUAGUUUAAGCUCUAAAUAAAUCAUUUCAUUUUAUUUUCUGAAAACAAAUGUCCUUUAGAAUAAGGUUCAUUUAGAUUUAAGGAUAUAUAUGUAAAAAAUAUAAUAGUGAGCUAUUCUGAGAAUUUAAAAAGGAAAAAUCUUUUUUCUUCACCCAACUUUGUUUUAUUGUAUCAUUGUAAAAGAUAAAAAAAAUUAGAAAAUUUUGCAAUUUUUUAUGUUUUUUUCAGAAUGCAAAAUAUUAGUCGAAAAAUAGUUGUUCAGCCAAAUAAUUUAAUAUUCCAUGAAUUCCAUUUGCUUUAUGUAUUAUAGUUCUUUUAUUCCUAAGGUUAUUUUUGUUUUUAUGUAUACUUUUGAGACUAUUUUUUGCUUGAAGCCAAAAUAUUAGUGUAUAAAUGGAGUUUUGUUCUUUUUUUUAAUGUAUAUAUAUUUCCUUAGUAGAGGAAUAAUGCAAUACUUCAUAGUAUACAGACUUUUAUGUGUCUGUUUUACGUAUUUUCUGAACUAUUUAAGUGAAAUUUUCAAAGUAUUUAUGUCUCUUCUUUUGCAUUUGAGAUUUCCAUUUGUGUUAUUAUAUUUUUUAAUUAUUAUUUCAUAUUUUUAUGUGGACAAAGGAUAUUUCAAGGCUCUAUUUCGUUCUGAAAUAAAGCAUUUUAUAUUUAUCUCUUUAAUUAAAUACUUGUUGAUGCAUAAAGUGAUGUAUAUACUGUCUAUGUUUGAAAUGCCAGCAUUCUACACAAUGUAUGGUGUUUUUAUGCUAGUAUGAAAAGUAAAAAUUAUUGUACACUUGACCUAAUCAUUGUAUAGAAUAUUCUUGUAGAUUUUUCCAUUAGUUAUUCUAAAGAAUACUCAGGGAAUGUGAGAAAUGUAUAUCAUUUCAUAUUUUGGCGGUGGAGUUUAAGCAUUCUUUGUAUUGACUAAGAAUGCUGGAUUUUAUUUUUUUAACUGUUUAAAAAGUUAGUUUAAAACAUUACAUUAAUUUUCUUUUCAAAUUCUAAUAAUUUUUAUUAUAUAUUUUUUUUAAAUGCAGUUGUGCAUUUGAAACUUUUAGCUGGGCAAAUUCAUAUAAUUUUAACCUUAAUAUGGAAUUAUACUGUUUAUCAAAAGUGAUUUAUUCUUUUCUGAUCUACUUAAACUUCAAAAGAAUUAUCAGGAAUUCAGAAUUUAUUAUGAAAAUUGUUAAGAUUUCUAAGAAGUGAUUCUGUACUGAACAAAUUUGCAACUGUUUUUUUUUUUAAGAUUGAAGCAUUCUUAAAAGUCUGAAAAACAGGCUUAAUUUUUUUAUUUUUGCAAAAAAAAACUUUUUGUUGAAGAUUUUUUUUAUUUAUAAUACUUUUUUGGUAUUCAUAUAUAAAAAAGUUUUUAUAUAUAGAUAUUUUUUUUAAAAAAUAAUGUAUAAUUUAAUAUUCUUGUAAUUGUUUUAAACAAAAAUAUAAAAUCCAUAAUACGUUUUUUUUAAAGUUUUAUUUGUAAGAAAAUAUAUAAUUUUUUUAAUAAAGUGAAAAAAGAAUAUCUUUAAAUUGUUUGCAUUUCUUUUAGAUAUUUAUAAUUUUCUCUAUCUAAAUGCACUGAAUUAAUUCUAGUAACAAAAUCAGCUCAAUGCAAAAUAUAAAUUUAAAUUUUGAGAAAAAUUAAACAUUUCACUGACAUGAACUAUUUUAAAAUAAAACUGACCUUUGUUCUUCCAAAAAUUCAAAUGACUGUUUGUAAAAUAUAUUUUGUAUCUUUUUGUAAAUUUUCUGAAAAUGCAUUAAAAUAGUUUUGAAAUGUCAA